AUGUCUGGAAAAAAUAGCAAGCUCCCUAACUACAACUGUGAUAGAAAAUGGCUUAUUUCACUUAUUGGAGGUCUGAGGUCUGACAUAACCAUCAUCAUAGCAAACUUCCUAAAGAUAUACAAGAUUCCACAGAUCAGCUAUGGUGCAUUUGACUCUGCUUUGAGUGACAAAUCUCAGUUUCCUUCCUUUUACCGAAUGGUUCCAAAUGAAUUGUCACAGUUUGUUGGCAUGGGCCUUUUAUUGUUGCAUUUUGGCUGGAAGUGGGUUGGCUUAAUUGCUCCAGAUAAUGAAGAUGGUGUCAAAUUUACCAGCGUAGUUUCCCAAGAAAUGGGUAAAACAAAUUCCUGCAUUGAGUCCACAUUACUUUUGCCUGACUACUGUCAGUUUGAUGUAGAACCAAUGAACGAGUUAUCCACCUGGCUUUCCAAACUAUCGUCCAAUGUUAUGGUUGUUCAUGGAGAAACUGAUAAGCUAAUCUUACUAAAUCUUGCCCUGUCAGAAAACCAGACUGGUGGAAAAGUUUGGAUCAUAACAGCCGUGUGGGACUUCACCUCCCAUUUUAGCAACAAACCCUGGAACUUGACAGCAUUCCAUGGUGCUAUUUCCCUAGGCGUACCUAAGCGUGAGAUUCCAGGGUUCCAGGAUUUUCUUAGUAGUAUUGACCCUCAGCAAUACUCAAAUGAUUUUUAUCUGAAAAACUUCUGGGCCCAAGUCUUCAAGUGCUCAUGGCCUUUUUUCAUGCUGGAUCCUGCCUGGCCUGAAUGUAAUGGGACUGAAAAGCUAAAGGAUGUCAGCGUUGACCUGUUCAAUAUGAAGACAUCUAGUCUCAGCUACAGUAUUUUCAAUGCUGUCUAUGCCAUAGCUCACGCUUUACAUAAAAUAUAUUCUCUCCAUUUAAAGAAGAAAAGAAAUGUGGAACUCCUUGAUAUUCAGGCAUGGCAGCUUCACUCCUUCUUGAGGAAUAUCCGAUUUAACAAUUGUGCUGGUGAAGAGGUAUUUUUUGAUGAGAAUGGUGACUUGUAUUCUGGGUAUGACAUAUUAAACUGGAUCAUAUUGCCUAAUAAUUCCCCAGUGGCUAUCCAAGUUGGAAGUCUGGAACAUCAGUCUGCCAUGGAUCUCACCAUCACCAUCAAUGAUGAAACUGUGGUGUGGAACAACAGAUAUAACCAGGUCAAGACCAUUGCUUUCCAACCUUAUCUCUCACCAGUACAUUUAAGAGUCAAAGCAUCCUCCCAUUUUGUGCCCAACUUACUUCAGUUACCACUAACUGGCUCAAAAGUAAUCCCACGUUCUGUGUGCAGUGAAAGUUGCCAUCCUGGGUACAGAAGAGCGGUUGUAGCUGGGAAGUUAUCAUGCUGCUUUGAUUGUGUUCCAUGUACAGAAGGAGAGAUCUCUAGCCAGAAGGAUAUGGAUAAUUGUGACAAAUGUUCAGAAGACCAGUAUCCAAAUGGCAGCCGUAAUGAAUGUAUUGCAAAACAGAUUGUGUUCCUCUCAUAUAAAGAACCCUUAGGAGCUAUUUUGGCUCUUACAUCAGGAUUUCUUUCUCUCAUCACAGUUUGGGUCCUAGGAAUAUUUCUUAAAUACCGGGACACACCAAUAGUGAAAGCCAACAAUUGUGAUCUUACCUUCAUUCUUCUAAUCUCCCUCCUCCUGUGCUUUCUGUGCUCCUUGAUAUUCAUUGGACCACCAAGUAAAGUUUCCUGCCUUCUACGCCAAACAUUUUUUGGCAUCGUAUUCUCAGUGGCCGUUUCUUCCCUCUUGGCAAAAACCAUCAUGGUUGUCUUGGCUUUUUUGGUUAAAAACCCAGGAAGUAACUGGCGGCGAUGGAUUGGGAAAAGACUGACCAACUCCAUAGUUCUGUUUUGCUCCCUUAUUCAGGCUGGAAUCUGCAGCAUUUGGCUGGGAACCUCUCCUCCAUUCCCAGAUGUUGACAUACACUCACAGACUGGGCAAAUUAUAUUGCAGUGCAAUGAAGGGUCUCUCAGCAUGUUCUACUGUGUCUUGAGCUACAUGGGUUUUCUAGCUACCAUCAGUUUCACUGUAGCUUUCCUAGCUCGAAAAUUACCAGACCGUUUCAAUGAAGCCAAAUUCAUUACCUUUAGUAUGCUUGUGUUUUGCAGUGUUUGGAUUUCCUUUAUUCCUGGUUAUCUGAGCACUAAUGGGAAAUACAUAGUUGCUUUGGAAGUUUUUGCCAUUUUGGCCUCCAACACAGGCCUCUUGGCUUCCAUUUUUCUUCCAAAGUGUUACAUUAUUAUUUUAAGAGCUGAUCUCAACUGUAAGAAGCAAUUCAAAGAGAAAAUAAAUAAAUAA